UAGUUUUUUAACUCCACACAGGCGGAAACUAUCACAUUUUUUCUUACUUACGCUGGAGUCCGUGUGGCUUAUAACCGUAUAGUCGAAUUGUAAUCACAUACUUAAUACAAACCGAAACGUGUCAUCUGGACGGUGGCUUGAACACACAAACGGUUUGACUGCUGCCAUCUUCUUCUCUCUGCCGACUUCACGCACAACUCAAGCAAAAAAUGGCAUCCGGAGUAAAAGUUGAUGAAGAAGUGAAAGAACUCUUCGAAACGAUGAAACUUGAAAAAAGUGAAACGGAGCGUAUACGCCUGAUGGUGUUUGAAAUAGUCAAAGACUUGAUUAAGGUUACACACGUUUACAAGCAGAAGAAUCUCAAUGAGAUGAACGUGGAUGCCUUCAAGUUGUUUAAGGACCAUCUGAUGUGUGGCAGCUGUUGCUACUUACUCUAUGACUGCCAUUUUGAGAAGGCGGAACAAGGAGGCCAAGAGGAUCUCAUCUUUGCCAUGUGGGCCCAUGAAGAAGCGCCACUCAAGAUGAAAAUGGUAUACGCCAGCUCAAAAAACACCCUCAAAGAUAUGCUCAAAGGUAUCAAGCAUGCCUUUGAGUUCCACGACAUUGGAGACUGUUCAUGUGAAGUGGAUCUGGCUGCGAAACUUGGGAAAACUGUAAUGUCGGUGGAGGGCCACUCCUGCAAACCUUAAACAGUCAAAAGUAUACAUGUAUUUCUCUCCCCCCCCCACCCCUCCACCCUCCAAUGUUUUGGUUUUUGUUUCAACAGAUCUUACAGAUUGGGGUUUGAGCUUUGGGUGGGGUUACAGUUCUCAUGUUUGUACCCUGCUAAAUAGCCAACAGACUUGCUGGUCUGUGAGUCACUUUUCAUGUCAUUCAUUUUUUUGCAGUUCAAAAUAACUUUUUUUUUUUCCCUCAAAUUGAUUUAUGUACAUAAAGUGGUCAUCCAUUCCUGUCCUGCGAUAGAUUUGAUCAGCUGCAUGCAACAUCUGCUUACCGAGUCAAGCUUUGAGUACUUGACUGCAAUGCUUUGGUAAAAUACCUGUGGAAAAUAUGCCAAUGUAUUGCCAAAAAAAUAAACUAGUAUCAAACAUUUGA